ACAAAUUUAUUUUCAAUUUAACGAUUAUUCAAACAAAACUCGUAGAUGUUUCAUUAAGAGCUUUUGUAUCAUAAGAUUGGAUCGACGAGAACAAGUCAAUUUAAUCAAAUAUCUUCCCCUCUUUCCAUAGAUACAAAAUUGAAUUUCACGAUUGGUUUAUCCAGUAUUACCGUAUAUUUUUGGUAUCGUGUUAUCUCAUAGACAGAUACUUUGUUCGCGUAAUCUCUUUUUUAUGAUCUAUACUGGUAAUCUACUACCAUAUGGCUCGAUAUUCCGGAUAUAGGUCACCCGAAGGCACGUGUUUCCCCAUUAGACGAACAAUUAGAAUCAUUAUUCGUGAAUGCAGCUCGUUUUAAUACGCUCUGACAAGAGCGAAAAACUCGUAACGAUGGCGAUUUGCAUUGUUUGAAAACUGUGUUGCUUGUCGCUCGAUGACGCAUAAAAGAAUAUCAAUCGCUCGAGCAGUCGAGCGGAACGCUUAACACCAGAAUUCAUCGCGAAUAGAGAAACAAUUAGCAGGGAAAUAAGCCUAUUACUAAUAAUAAAUAAUUCGGUUUUUCCAACGGCUAUUACGUCUUCGCGGUUAAAGAAUAAUGAAAUCUCUCCGAGUUUAUCGCCUUUCUUUUUUCAUUUUCCGGGAAUAUUAAUAGCGUAAUGUUCGGUGAAAUAGGAAGACGCAAAUUACCCUCGAUAAUCGAUAAAACGAUUACUUCCUUAAAAAUCUAUGCUCACCGCAUACGGUCAACGUAAUAUUCUUUUCAUCGUAUUCAGGUGGAAGCAGUAAAGAGGCUUUGCCUUUCACAACGAUUUAUUCGAGCUUCUUGCGAUUUGCGUAAAACGGCUCGAGUCAAGAAUAUUUAAUAAACGACGAUCUCCUCUCCAUAUGUUCGACACCGAUUCUCAAGUGUAAUGCAUAUAUUCGACUCGUGUUCUCGUUACCGAGUUCUCAUUGUUAAAGAAAACGAAGCGACUCGUCACUGAGUCAUCGUGUCGUGCGAAACGAACGUCCUCACAAAGAAAUAAAAGGAAUGGCGGCUAAAUUCGUUCUUUUAUUCCCUCUCUGAACCGCGCAGCAAUUGCUUACGGUUAUCUAGUAUGUUACGAGCUUUACAUCGAUCGAUACACACGUAUACAGAACCAUGAUAAUACGCAAAAUCACGAAUCAUUCGUAAUGACUUUCGCCGAAUCAACAGAUAGCACGACACAUGUUUACGCUUUCAACAGCUGUUCUUCACGUGACUCUUUCAUGCAAAUAUCUUUAACAAUUCGAUCGAACAAUUAGCGGCCGAAUGUGUGCCAAUUAAAUGCCUGUCAUCAUCUUGAAUUCGAACUCGAUUAAAUACGAUUAAUCUUAUUGAUUGAUCGAUUUAGAUAAAUGGAUAAGUAAUUGCCAAAAAAAAAAAAAAAAAUUCUUCUCGAUCGAUAAAAUUCUCGAGUUCUAUUUCGAUGAGAAAGGGAUCGUGUUAAAUUUUGCGACGAGGCAGUAACGCGUUUAUCGUCCAAACGCUCCAUGGUAACGAAUUCCACGUGAUUCUUGCGGCUUUCGUGGCUAAGCUCACACUCGGGCUCUGGUUACGUUCGUCCUCGCGUAGAUCAAAUUUUGGCACGAUGCUGAAGUUUCAAACCGCGACCAAAGAGGAGUUGAAACUGGCCGCAGCCGUUCAGCGCAGGCGGCAGAUCGAGGCGGAAAGAAAGGAACGGAUUUUCAAUGCACGAUUCAGGAAAAUUGGGAUAGACAAGGAAUUCUUGGACAAACAGGUCGAGGAAAAGAAGCAGCAACGUGAACUGGAAGAAGCCCGAGAAUCCGAACUCGACAACAUUUUGCUUCAAAGUUGUAGGAUCGGUUUGCUGUUGGAGAAACAACAAGAAGAGGAAAGGCGAAAGAUCCACAAAGAGAUCGAGCAUUAUAGGCAGCAAUAUCAAUUACGCCAGGAAUGCGAUCUGCCGAAAAAAGACGAUCGCGAUCUAUCUUUCAGCGAGCUAUUAAAAGGCGAAGAGGAUGACUUAAAGGAAAAGUUGAAGGCAAAGAAAGAAGAGAUGAGGUGGUAUCGAGAACAAAUGCAGGAACAUCUGUCCGCCAAGAGCGAACAGGAUGAAUUCGACAAAGCUCAGGAAGCAGCCAUCCUCUCCAGAGACAAGCGUGCCAUGAAGAUAGCUCAGAUGGAAGAAGACUGUCGUCGAAAGUUAAACGAAGCUACCGCACGAUUUAAUCAAGCCAUGGCAGAGGAACAGGAAUACCGUCGCCGCUGCGAAGCCCUUCAAGAGGAGGAGGAGAAGAAGGCGGAUAUCUACAAUCACGUGACUGGGGACUUCCUUACGGAAGCCAAAGAGCAGGCGGAGAGCAUUCAUGGACCGCACAAACCGUUGGCCUCGCGUUACAAGGGCAUGACUGCGGACGAGCUUAAGGUUUUCAGGGAGGCUCAAGCACGCCAACUGAAAGAAAUCCAGGAAAUGAAAAUAGAGGAGAAACGAAGAGACGAAGAGUGGGAUCGAUUGAUGAAUACCCAAGCCGAGAUCGCAGAUUCGUACCAACGUGAAAUUGAUCGGAAGAAAGCGGAAAUUAAGAAGAAAAUAGCAAGGGAGAAUUUGGAAUUAGCGGAGCAACAAAAAUCUCAUCAGGAUUAUCUCAAUUACGUACUUUAUAAAAAUAAAGCAACCGCAGCUUUUUAUGAACAAUUUAAUAAAGACGCUCGUUAAAAACGAAGCUUUUUUGCAAUAAUACGAAUGAAUUAUUUUUCCAAUAUGAA